AUGGGGUUGGGAAAUCCUCCUGGGGAGAGCAAAAGUAACACUCGUCAGAUGUUCAACAAGGCGGUGUGCAUGGUGUUCAGCACAUGGCUGAGUGACUAUCCUGAGGAUUUCCGCUCUCUGAACGAUCCCGCCUGCCUGCUGCGCUUGGCCGCCCUCCUUCCCACAGACACCUCGGGUGCUGAAAUCAAAGGCCGACUGCUGAGGAUCGCCGAGGAGUUAAGUGAGAAAGCCCUGCUGUCCGGCUCGCUCUCAGAUCCUACCAGAGGUGUGACAUCUCCUCCUGAUCCCUCAGAGUUUGAUGCCACUAGCAUCCUGGGAUUUCCAUCCAGUGUGAUCGCAGAGCAGCUGACCAGGAUCGAGACUGAUCUGUUUCUGAAGCUGGUGCCCUAUCACUGUCUGGGGUCUCUGUGGUCUCAGAGAGAUAAGAAGGGCCGGGAAGGAGCGUGCUGGUCGGUCAGAGCCACUAUCAAGCAGUUUAAUCGCUUAACGAACGCCGUCACAGCCUCGUGCUUGUGGAACACGGCUCUGAAGAGCCAACAGAGGGCAAGACUGCUGGAGAAAUGGAUCAGCGUCGCAGAGGCCUGCAGAAGCAGGAAGAACUUCUCCUCACUGUACGCCAUUCUAUCAGCACUGCAGAGUAAUCCCAUCCACAGACUGAGAAAGACCUGGCAGGAGACAGACAGAGAAGCUGUGAAGAGAUACGAGGAACUUUCUGACAUCUUCUCAGAGAAAGACAACUACUCCCAGAGCCGCGAGCUACUCAAAGAGGAGGGGACUUCAAAAUAUUCAAACCUUGACACUAAAAUAAACAACAGGAGAUUUACAGGGUCGUGCGCUCAAGGCACUGUGCCGUACCUGGGCAUCUUCCUCCGAGAUCUCACCAUGCUGGACACUGCAGUCAAAGACAGAUUAGAGAAUGGCUUCAUCAACUUCGAUAAAAGACGACGGGAGUUUGAAGUCAUUGCUCAAAUUCGCCUCCUUCAGUCCUCGUGUAAAAACAGCAUUUUCAGAACCGAUGAGACGUUUGUUCAGUGGUAUCACAGCGCACCUUCUCUGCGUGAAGAGGAAAGCUAUAAGCUGUCCAAUCAGAUUGAGGCACCGGGCGAGCCGAGUCCUGGCCGUGGCCUGAAUCCUACAGUGAUCAUCACACAGUGUCCAGAUGCUCUCUCAACCGUGGCAAAUACAACCAUGGAUGCUGAUGGGAUAUUUGACUUCCCGUCUCCUGUCAAUCACCUGCUGUCCAAGUUUUACAAGCAUGUGAAAUCCCCAUCUGUUUCCUGUCUGGAUGUUGAUUCGUCACCGCCACCCAAUGAUGCCACACCCUCCGUCCUGACCACACCCACUACAGCCGUCAAAUCACAUCGGCGGUCUGUCUCCUGCGGCAAUAACCCCACCAAUAACAAACGAGAGGCGGGGCCUGAUAUGAGAAUCGCCAGGAUACGGAUGGAUUUACACGACGGCAACUUAUACAGAAGCAUUCUGGUCACCAGUAAUGAUAAAACACCCACUGUAAUCAGUUCUGCAUUAGACAAGCACAACCAGAAUGCUCAAGAAGCCUCCAAAUAUGAGCUGAUCCAACUGCUGCCGGAGGGGAAAGAGUUAAUAAUACCUCCCACAGGAAACGUCUUCUAUGCCAUGUCUUCAGCUAGCGUAGACUUCCUGUUAAGGAGAAGAGGAGGAAAUACACCAACAGGGUCUCCGAAUCUUGGCAACGAAACCAGCGCAACCUUUCCACGAAUCAAAGCCAAGGGCAAAAGACUAGUCCGGACACUAUUUUAACAUAAAAACAGGAUAUUCACGUCCAAGUACUUUCAAAAGAAAAGACACAAAAUAUUUCAUUCAGAGCUCUUUGACGUAACUGUAGAAUUUACUCAAAUAAGUCAUUUUCAUAAGUCCUAAUAUUAGUAAUUUGAGUGAAAGCUUGGUUAAAAUGGCUAAAAAGGCUUGGUAACUAAGAUGUUAGUUACUGCUAAACGUUGCACUGUUUUUGCAUUUCAUAAAUCCAUGAAUUUCAAGACAGAAUCACGUACCUUUUGCUGAUGCCAGCAUUUCCAGUGCUUCCCCUGUCUACCUCUAAAGUUAGCAGUCCAUUGGUUAAAGACUGUUGUUCAAAAUCCUGCAUUAUUAAUGAACAUCAAAUGGAGAUAGAGCAGCUAAAAGAUCCCAGCAUAAUUAAAUAAACACUUACAGAAGGUACUUACACCUGUCUAACAUUUCAAAACACUGAACUGUUCUGCGUCGGCAAAAA